UAAAAUUAACAUUAAUAACGACUGUCUGUGACCGAUCCACAUCUUAUCCGACGACAAACGUGUUCGACAGUCGCAUGUGAUAUAUACCUUAGGAAAGUUUCUCGAAGAAGGUGGAUCGACAGUGCCCUUAGCUUCUUCUUGGACAAAGUAUUCGGGAGAAAAAAAAAAGCAAGGAUUCACCAGUGAUCGAUUUUGUGGCAUGGAUUCGGAAGAAUACACUAACGAAUUGUCAAGAAACGAGUCCGAAAAUGAUAGCAAUAACGAGGAUUGUACUCACUCGCCAAUAUUAUUGGAUCUAGACAAAAACUCUAAACAGCAACAACAACAACAAGAAAUAUUGAAACAAGGAGAAAAUUCAACAACAAAGUUAUCCCCUGUCGGACAAUAUUUGCAGGAUCAGUUGAUAAAAAAAGGAUCAGAAAAUUCAAGCGUACCCCGUCGACAAUCAGGAAGGAAAUCAUGGCAGGAUGGAAACUUUGAAGAACGCCAUCAAAAUAGUGAUCGGGUGUUCGUAAUAAGAGUACCCGAACCAGAAGUAAUUAAUACUCAUCCACAUUUGGAAAUUCUUCAUGAAACUAACAUUAAAUCUGUACAAAGAGAACCAUCACAAACUGAGAAAGAUUACAAAAAGUCAGCCUGCGAUCGUGAACGAACAAGAAUGCGUGAUAUGAAUCGUGCUUUCGAACUUUUACGCUCAAAAUUACCGAUAUGCAAACCACCCGGGAAGAAACUUUCAAAAAUUGAGUCACUAAGGCACGCGAUAACAUAUAUACGUCAUUUACAAAGCCUUUUAGAACCACAAUAUAGUUAUGUUCCAAAUGUACCUGAAAGAGGUUAUUAUCCUACCAGCACGUCGGUUACUUCAAGUACAUCCUUUGAUGUACAGCAUCCUCCACGAUGGGAAUCGUUUGCUUAUUAUCGUUAUGACUAUCAUACACCUUUUGUUAAUCCUACUUCAGCUACGUUAUCUCCGCCUAUUCAUCCUCGAGUACCAACAGAACAAGACGACCGACAAUUUCCUUACGAAACACGACAUUAAUCAUUUUUACGCUAGAAUAAUUAAAAGACAAGCUUCAACUUCGUCCAGAUUUAUAAGAUUCUCUUUCAAGAUUUGUCAUAGUAUUUUUAUAUAUAUACUUAGGUAAUUUAUGUAUAUAAUAUUUUAAUAUAUCCGUGGUCUGAUGUUCAAACAUAAUCUCAGGAAAUAAAAUCAAAAUUUAAUUAUAAACUAUACUGGAAAAAAAUUCCAAUGCCGUAAUUAAUUUAAAAGUCAU